AUGGAACAAGAAAAUACUGCACAAGACUACAAAAACCCCGCGGAAGUGGACCUCGCGCUAUCUCCGUCCAGUCACGGAUUCUACCAUUCUGGAGAGACCUUCCACGAGCCUGUAUAUGAUAAAUCCGACGUAAAAAAAAUUCAAAAACUCAUCAGCGGACUACAAUUUGGAGAUCAGAAACCCUCACAGCUGCUAAGGAAAAUGAGAGAACUUAGCUCCGGAAUGAUCACAAAUGAAGGCCUCCGUAUCGACUGGCUCAAUCAAUUACCUACUCAAGUACGCGUCGUUCUAUCAGUGAGCACAGAAUCCUCAUUGGAGACACUCGCGGCAAUGGCUGACAAGAUGGUCGAAUACUCCGAGCUCGCGACGGUAGCUGCCAUUUCAACUGCAGCACCGACGAACGACGCCGUGUCUACCCAGUUUAAUAUUUUAACAAAACAGCUAGAAAUGCUGUCACUGGAAAUUAACGAGAUACGCGGUCGUUCUAGACAUCGUUAUCAGUCACGAAAUCGCUACCGCUCAAAAUCACGAUCUCGUCCGACCUCGCAUAAUCAAAAUAAAUCUGCUGUGAAGCCCGGCGAUGCAACGUGGGAAUGUAAAUAUCAUUACCGAUUCGGCGAGAAGGCAAGACGUUGCGAAUCUCCUUGCUGCAGAAGAGCGAACAAACAAAAUUUAAACUAG